CUCUGCCCCGGUUUCCAGCCUCUGGGAAAUUAGCGAAUACUGCAGCAAGAAGUGAGUGAGUGAGUGUGUGCACUGUGAGUGUGUGUGUGGCCCAACCGAGAAGAAGGAGCGAGCUGGGACUAAUAUUCAUAUAAAAACACCUCAUCCGGCUGCUGACAGAGAUGGCAGCCAUUCGGAAGAAGCUGGUGAUCGUCGGGGACGGAGCUUGUGGAAAGACAUGUCUCCUGAUUGUUUUCAGCAAGGACCAGUUUCCUGAAGUCUACGUCCCCACAGUGUUCGAGAACUACAUCGCUGAUAUCGAGGUCGAUGGAAAGCAGGUGGAGCUGGCGUUGUGGGACACUGCCGGCCAGGAGGACUACGACAGGUUGAGGCCUCUCUCGUACCCCGACACAGACGUGAUCCUCAUGUGCUUCUCCAUCGACAGCCCUGACAGCUUAGAAAACAUCCCGGAGAAGUGGACGCCUGAGGUGAAGCACUUCUGUCCCAACGUGCCCAUCAUCCUGGUGGGGAACAAGAAGGACCUGAGGAACGACGAGCACACGCGGAGAGAGCUGGCCAAGAUGAAGCAGGAGCCGGUGAAGUCGGAUGAAGGCAGAGACAUGGCCGGCAGGAUCAGUGCCUUCGGUUACCUGGAGUGCUCCGCCAAGACCAAGGACGGCGUGCGGGAGGUGUUCGAGAUGGCCACCAGGGCGGCGCUGCAGGUCCGCAAGCGCAAGAAGAGAGGCGGCUGCUCCCUGCUGUGAGCAGUUCACAGAAACAACCGACCAAGAGGAAAAGAGCAACAAAAAAAAAACACACGAAAAAGAACUGACCUUUUACCAAAUGGCAUCUUUGUACUGUAUUUCGCUUUUCACGAUAUGACGCAGGCAGAUGAAUCCUAUGAAAACGCCCCUUAUACAGGAAACAGACGUUUGUCUAUAUUACAACCAUCGUUAGAAAUUGAUGUUUAAAGUUCCUAUCUGUCUAUACACAUAGAAGGUUUCCUACUUGUUUCUUUCCUUUGCAUUUGUAAUGUAACGCGGCCGUGAUAGAUGCACAUAAUUGUCUGCAGCAUUGUUCUUCACAAACUUUUUAUUCAGCUUGUAAACAAACCUCUUCAUGAAUAACGUCUUGUCCUGUUAGUACCAGCUCAGUUUGUCAUGGCAGCAGCCGGGGUAGAGAAUGAACGUUGAUUUCUUUUGACCACAAGAGCUAGUGCCUUUUCUUUCUUUCUUUUUUUCAAAGUUCGUACACCACCAUCGAUUUCUCGUGUUUGUAAACCAGCUAACCUUUCAGCUGAGGGGCCCCUUCACGCACACUCGCCCAUUUUCAAAGCCGUAACUAAGUUUCAGCUUCGUCUACGAAUCGUCAAGCACAGUAAAAUGGCUGCUUGACUCAAUUUGUUUUGUCUCAAGCAUUCCCCUCAACAUGUUCCCAGUCCGCUCACUCCGAAGAUAAGACGGCAGCUGUCUAAAUAACGUGAUAAAUGGUUAACCAAAGUCGUGAGCUCCCCGCUUCCCCCUGAUUGUUCCCGUGCGUUCUGUCUAGUGGUCCUAGAUGGAGGGAUGACAACCGGCCAAUCGAGACGCGAGCCAACAUGACUCAACUAUGCACAAUGGCUGCUUCGGAGCGACAGGGGAGAUGACACGGCUGAAACAGGAAUCGCACGAAGGCCACGCUCUAAUGAAACCUCCCUUGUUUGUUCAUUGAGAGUGACGGCACUACAAUGCACACGAGCCUGUCACACCCGCUCUGUGUGUGUGUUUGUGUGUGUGUGUGUGUGUGUGUGUCGAAUGGGUUUGCCAAGUCAUGGAAGUGUCUCGUUGUGCGUGUGGACGUUCCCCAGUCAGGCGACAUUCUUCACAUGUCUCGGAGGAGCUCGGUGGCGUUUUGAGGAGUUUCUGUUUCACCCCUCAUGGUGCCUUCUCUGCUCUGGUGUGCCUUUCUGUCCAGCUGCACUGCUGGGUCGACCUCUGUGACCUGUUUCACAAAGCUCAGACCUUUGAACCACUCCGAUAAGAGCAGAGGGUGUCGUCAGAUUUUGCCGCAAUCGAAGCUCUUACGGCACAAAUAUUCAGAUUCUACCUAUGAAAGCAGUCUCAUGUGUGAUCGGGACAGAUUGGGACAAUUUACAUGUUUCACCGACAUCCCCAGAAAACAAUGUGUGAGCAGCCACUGUGGUUUCUGAUGUUUCGGAGAUGGUCACUGCUGUCAAGAAGUUUGUUGUUGUGUAUUACUCGACUAUUGUUCGAUUGUGAAGGCCCAUCGACUGCCCUCAGAAACAGACUCUUCACUCCGCCUCUGUUGCUCUUCCAUGUUCUCUUCUUGUCCCUUGGUUGCAUGUCGCUGUCGGUUAAGUGAGAAGGUGGAGAAGUGUGUGUGUGUCUGUGUGUGUGUGUGGCAAAAACUGUAUCUUUGAUGUAGCAUGAAACGUCCUUAUAAAGCCAGGAUGGGCCCCAAACACACCAGCUGGCAAUGUAUGUGUUAUGAUGUAAAAUACAGCUUCAUACCCUCUACUGGCCACAAGCACAUAAGCUUCAACUGAUUGUUUUUUCAUGGCUGAGCCGAGAUGUAAUGUGAGUACAUGUUCUUUUUGAUGAAGAAGAAGAGAGGGGGGCAUUGGUUAAAAUCGCACACAAGCACCAUAAUAAUGUUGUUACCUCAGAUCUUUAGAGGGUGGAUGCUAUAUUUUAACUCAUUGCAUCAUUGCGGUCAACAAAUAGCACAAGAGUCAGAAGAUUUUUAUCGUCAGAAGAGGAGCAGAGGGUUGAACAUGGUGUCGAGCAUAUCACAAGGCGGCAUGUGCUAUACUGCUGUGUGUAUCUGUGCAGAUGAUGUUACGCCACUAUAUCAAAAGUUGUUCUAACAAUGUUGUUGCAUGCAUGAGUAAAAAGAUGGGUCUUUAUAGUGGGCGCACACACACAGACACACACACACACACACACACUUGCUUAAGCAGCACCGGCUUUGGGAACAGCUUCUGCUCGGUGUCGUAACUUUUCUCUUUCUUUCUCUGGAGGUUUUUUGAAAACGAUGAAAGGAUCCAGACUUUUAGCUCAUUGUCAUAAUGCUUUGCAAACAGAAAAGUGUUGUCGUGGAUGUUUGAGCUGAAGUGAACAUGAACAUUGUUAAUAAACUAUUUUUGAGACAAGA